GUUAUGUUAUACGCUCUAUCAUCUAUGGUUUGUUUCGUGUACUAAUUACUAUGUCUAAUUAAUUGCGAUUAAGAUUUUCGGCUUAUUGUAAGACUUGUAUUGUGAAUAUAGAAAAUAAUUUAAACGCAUAGAUGAAUGUAGAAGAUCAUAAUGGAUAAAAUACCGAGAACUCAUGAAGCUAUUGAGGCUCAAAUAAAAGAAAUUCAAGCAAAGAAAAAUGAAUUACCUGAAAAUGGUUCUGGCAAAGGUGUAUCUUUAGCAGACACAUACUAUGACAGUGAUAUUUAUGAUAGCUCUGGUCAGACCGGAAAAUCCAGGUAUGAUGGCUAUGUAACAUCAAUCGCUGCUAAUGAUGAAAAUGAAGAUGAGGAUGUUGAAAAUGUUCCUAUAAGUCAAAAGAGACCAGGAUACACAGCUCCUGCCUCAUUACUAAAUGAUAUUGCACAGAGUGACAAAGAUUAUGAUCCAUUUGCUGAAAAAAGACGACCAACAAUUGCUGAUAGGGAAGAUGAAUAUCGCCAGAAAAGGAGAAGGAUGAUCAUUUCUCCAGAGAGAGUGGAUCCCUUUGCUGAAGGGGGUAAGACUCCUGAUGUUGGAUCUAGGACUUACACAGAAAUUAUGAAGGAGCAAUAUCUCAGAGCUGAAGAGACAGAAUUGCGGAAAAAACUUAUUGAAAGAGCUCGAGAAGGUACUUUAAAACCUGUAGCACAAGCCAAUGGUGAAGCUGCAAAACCAGCAGCCAAACGUAAAGGAAGAUGGGAUCAAAGCACUGAAGAUACACCUUCAGUUAAGAAGACUGUUGCAUCAGCCACUCCCAGUUCACAAGCAACACCAUCAUGGGAAAAUGAGCGUGGUGGUUGGGAAGAGACUCCUGGCGGAGGUGGUCGUGGGGGAGAGACACCCGGUGCGACACCAUCAGCUCGUGUGUGGGAUGCGACACCCGGACAUGCUACUCCCGGGCAUGCCACGCCCGGAAGGGAAACGCCGGCUCAUCACGCCUCUCGGCGAAACCGGUGGGAUGAGACCCCCAAAACUGACAGGGAAACUCCCGGCCACAGCAGCGGUUGGGCUGAAACACCUCGUACAGAUCGUGGCACUGGCGUUGAUACGAUACAAGAGACUCCAACGCCCGGUACAAAGAGAAGGUCUCGAUGGGACGAGACGCCAGGAGCCACACCAGCCCCGGCCACGCCCACUCCAUCUCACGCCACACCCACACAUGCCACGCCGUCCCACGCCACACCUGCCCACGGCACCCCUACUCCGGGAUCGCACACGCCGAUGUUCACCCCUGGUGGUUCGACCCCCGUGGGAGUGAAAGCUAUGGCUAUGGCUACUCCUACGCCCGGCCACAUCGCGGCCAUGACUCCGGAACAGCUCCAAGCUUACCGCUGGGAGAAAGAAAUAGACGAACGCAAUAGACCUUACACUGAUGAAGAGCUCGAUGCCAUGUUCCCACCUGGGUACAAGGUUUUGCCUCCUCCGGCCGGUUACGUCCCGAUACGGACGCCGGCCAGAAAGCUUACCGCGACGCCUACCCCGUUGGCUGGUACCCCAAUCGGCUUUUUCAUGCAGACGGAGGAAGCCGGCGGCUCCGCGGCUGCCGCGGCGCGUCUGCUCGACCCGCAGCCCAAGGGCUCGCAGCAACUGCCCUUCAUGAAGCCCGAGGACGCUCAGUACUUCGACAAGCUGCUCGUUGACGUCGACGAAGACACGCUCUCGCCCGAGGAGCUCAAAGAGAGAAAGAUCAUGAAACUGUUGCUCAAGAUCAAGAAUGGAACGCCGCCAAUGUGUAAGGCCGCUCUGAGACAGAUAACCGACAAAGCCCGUGACUUCGGUGCUGGGCCACUCUUCAACCAAAUAUUGCCACUUCUCAUGAGCCCUACACUAGAAGACCAAGAGCGACACUUGCUUGUCAAAGUUAUCGAUCGAAUUUUGUAUAAGUUGGACGAUUUAGUCAGACCCUACGUUCAUAAGAUAUUGGUGGUGAUUGAGCCUCUUCUGAUUGACGAAGACUACUAUGCACGUGUGGAAGGUCGAGAGAUUAUAUCCAACUUGGCCAAGGCUGCCGGACUGGCCACCAUGAUCUCCACUAUGAGGCCUGAUAUUGACAACAUUGAUGAAUAUGUCCGGAACACAACUGCGAGGGCUUUUGCUGUAGUCGCUUCAGCCUUGGGUAUUCCAUCUCUCUUGCCUUUCUUGAAAGCUGUGUGUAGAUCGAAGAAAUCUUGGCAAGCAAGACACACUGGUAUUAAGAUUGUGCAGCAAAUUGCUAUAUUGAUGGGAUGCGCCAUCCUCCCACAUCUUAAAUCGCUUGUGGAGAUCAUUGAACAUGGUUUGGUCGAUGAGCAGCAGAAAGUGCGUACAAUCACAGCCUUGGCAAGUGCCGCUUUAGCCGAAGCAGCCACACCUUACGGUAUUGAGUCCUUUGACUCCGUACUGAAACCCCUUUGGAAGGGUAUAAGAACACAUCGAGGCAAGGGUCUGGCAGCUUUCUUGAAGGCAAUUGGGUAUCUGAUACCCCUCAUGGACGCCGAGUACGCCAACUAUUAUACCAGGGAAGUGAUGCUUAUCCUUAUCCGUGAGUUCCAGUCUCCUGAUGAAGAAAUGAAGAAAAUUGUACUCAAGGUAGUGAAACAAUGUUGUGGUACGGAUGGUGUGGAGCCACAGUACAUUAUGGACGAGAUAUUACCGCAUUUCUUCAAACACUUCUGGAACCAUCGCAUGGCCCUCGAUCGCAGGAACUAUCGCCAACUUGUUGAUACCACUGUUGAGAUUGCAAACAAGGUUGGAGCUUCAGAGAUCAUAAACAGAAUUGUGGACGAUUUAAAAGAUGACAAUGAACAGUACAGAAAAAUGGUAAUGGAGUCGAUAGAGAAGAUACUGGCCAAUUUGGGUGCCGCUGAUAUUGACUCGAAACUUGAAGAAGCCCUCAUUGAUGGCAUCCUUUAUGCAUUCCAAGAACAAACAACUGAGGAUGUAGUUAUGUUAAAUGGAUUCGGUACAAUAGUAAAUCAGUUGGGAAAACGGGUGAAGCCAUAUCUGCCGCAGAUCUGUGGUAUCAUCUUGUGGCGAAUGAACAAUAAAUCGGCUAAAGUGCGUCAACAGGCCGCGGAUCUCAUAUCCCGAAUCGCUGUUGUCAUGAAAACAUGUCAGGAGGAAAAACUGAUGGGUCAUCUUGGUUUAGUGCUUUAUGAAUACCUCGGUGAGGAGUACCCUGAGGUGUUGGGUUCCAUUCUGGGUGCCUUGAAAGCCAUUGUUAAUGUCAUUGGUAUGACUAAAAUGACGCCACCCAUUAAAGAUCUUCUCCCUAGACUGACUCCUAUUUUGAAAAACAGACAUGAGAAGGUACAAGAGAACUGUAUAGAUCUCGUUGGACGUAUAGCCGAUCGAGGUCCGGAGUUUGUUUCUGCAAGGGAAUGGAUGAGAAUUUGCUUUGAACUCCUGGAGUUGCUAAAGGCUCACAAGAAAGCCAUCAGGCGAGCGACGGUCAACACAUUUGGUUAUAUAGCGAAGGCGAUUGGACCUCAUGAUGUACUGGCCACCCUUCUUAACAACUUGAAGGUCCAGGAAAGACAGAACAGGGUGUGCACAACUGUAGCCAUCGCUAUAGUAGCGGAAACUUGUUCCCCAUUCACAGUAUUGCCAGCCCUAAUGAAUGAAUACCGAGUGCCAGAACUCAACGUACAAAAUGGCGUGCUCAAAUCGUUAUCUUUCCUCUUUGAGUACAUCGGGGAGAUGGGGAAAGAUUAUAUUUAUGCUGUGUGUCCGCUGCUGGAGGAUGCUUUAAUGGAUCGAGACCUAGUUCACAGACAGACCGCAUGUGCCGCUAUAAAACAUAUGGCACUGGGCGUAUACGGCUUUGGUUGUGAAGACGCAUUGGUCCAUCUCCUCAACCACGUGUGGCCGAACAUAUUCGAGACCUCGCCGCAUUUGGUACAGGCUUUCAUGGAUGCUGUGGAAGGAAUGAGGGUCGCCCUUGGACCUAUCAAAAUUUUGCAAUACGCUUUACAGGGCUUGUUUCAUCCAGCCAGAAAAGUUAGAGAUGUAUAUUGGAAGAUAUACAACACCCUAUAUAUAGGCGGUCAAGACGCGCUGGUAGGAGGUUACCCCAGAAUACACAAUGACCCCAACAAUCACUUUAUUCGAUAUGAAUUAGAUUAUAUGUUGUAAACUCUAAUAUUAAAAGUGUGGCUAGAUUUGUUUGCGCAAUAAACUUUGAUCACAAGUA